AUAGAACAGCUUUGCUCUCUGUCGAAGCUGGCAUAGCUCUCCGCAUAGAAAAAAAUCAUCACGGUUUGACAGCUUUUUCCCGCCGAAUAACAACAAGCUCAAUUUUGUGAAAAAGAACGUCUCUUGUCUUCCGUCAAGCGAUUUCCGCGGUGUCGUCAUCAAUCGUCUGCUGGUGCUCCCCUUCCUCCACCCUUCUCGGGAAAGCCACGUGCUCGGAGGAAAACAAAACUCAUGAAAUCGGACAUCGUGCUGAGGAGGCAGCACGUUUGCCGAGCGAUGGAAGCGCACAGCGAAAACUUUUGGGAAUCGGGCAAACGCUAUGGGGAAGAGAAAUAUUCCCCCGGUUUGCUGAGUGAGGAGGAAAUUGAUGUGGUCGGCCUUUCUCCGGAGGAGGAGAGUCGGAAAACUGGUGGCAAGUCCCCACUGGGCGAUACUCGCCCCCAUUUGCGUGAUCCCCGACCUGCUGAUUCUGUUUCCAAAUCACCUGUGGAGCGUUCUGGCUCCCUGUUGGAUCGGAACUAUCAACCACCCGCUCCCGCUCUUAUUCCGGAAGAUAUGUGUUAUGCUGAACCCGUGAAGGUUCAUUUGAAAAGGUUUGAGCCGACUAUUGUUUCUGGUUCUGUUUUGGAUAGGCGGAUGCCGGAAGAGAAAAAUUAUCAGUCCGUUCCUAUAAUGAAUAGCGUGAGAUCUGUGGCGGAACCAGUACCGCAUUAUCGGCCAAUAUGGCCAUAUCCACAUCCACAAGCCCCAGUUGUAGGUGUAGCUGUUGCCAUGCCAAGUGAAUACAGUAAUGAUGUACUUCAACAUCCAAACUAUGCAGAAAGUAGGCAUUAUGGUAAAGUGUCAGUAAUCUUUAAUGCUUCAUCAGAAAGAGUAACUUCUUUGUCCCAUACUGUGACCACAGGUCAUCCGUAUGUUAGCGCAUCGCAUCCUUCUAAUGGGUUUGCUUACGUGCACGAAAAUUAUGCAAGAUAUAAUAAUCAUGGUAAGGUGUCGAAUUACACCAAAGUUAUGCCCCCCGAGGAAGCUGGUAGUAGAAUCUCCCCUCUGCCACGUCCCUCUGACAAUAGUCAACAAUAUUUAGAAACCACUCCGCACAACAAAAGGAUAUAUUAUGAAGAAAAAUCUUUUGGAGGCAGGAAAAUUCCAAGGUAUGUUGACGCAUCAAAUUUCAACAAACUGCCUCAAGAAAAUAGUGAUAAUGUAAAUUCAUUACCUCCUGCUGAUGUUGAUAACGUGAAUUACCCAAAAGGUCCUUCAGCAGAUAUGAGAGAGCGUUACAACACGCAGCUUGUUCCGAAUAGUGACAUUACAAGUCAUAACGAUCUUGGGAAAUCGGACUUUAUAAAUUCAUCAUCAGAAAAUGUAAGGGAGACUACACUCCCGUUAUCUCACCAAGAUCCUGAAGAUACCAUGAGUGAAUACGUCUCAGAACAAUCAGUAGUCAGAAAUAGUCCACCUCAACUAAAUUAUACUAGUGAGUCUCAGUAUGAGAACUAUGGACAUUAUGGUAAGAAUGCUGCAUCAAAAAAUUCAACGGUUCAUUCAUCUGAUGACAGCUCAAGUGCCAUUAGACUGCAGUACCAUGAAGAUGUCCAGAGAGUGACGGAAGACAGCAAUAGAGAUCCGUCUCAAACAGGAAAUUAUGCAAAAUGUAGCAAUCACGGUAAUGUGUCGGAGAGUACCAGUGCUUCCACUGAGGAAGUGUAUGUAUGCUCUGAAAUCGAAAUAUGUUCCUCAUCUGCAAGUGAAGACAGACUCUCACAAAGAGAUCAUAUAGAGCAGGAUAGUCAAACAAAAUCAGAAGUCUCUAAAAAUUUAAGUCAAACUUCAGUUUCGGAAAUAACAUCAGCAGUAUCUCUGAGUGGCGAACAAAAUAAAUCUGAGGAAAAAAAGCGCGUUCCUACUUGUGCUCGAUGCAGAAAUCAUAAUGUAACCGCUAUUUUGAAAGGACACAAAGUUAACUGCCGCUGGCGAAACUGCGAUUGUAGUAAGUGUAUCCUCGUGCAUAAAAGACAAGCAGUGAUGGCUAAACAGGUGGCACUGAACAGACAGCAACAAUAUAAAAAUUCUGAUGUCUUGUCUCCAUCAUCUCUCGCAUCUUCCGAUGUUAUACUGGAAACAUCUCAAAACGCCACUACAACGCAGCAACAACAGCAGCAACAACAACAGCAGCAACAACAACAGCAGCAACAACUACAGCAGCAGCAACAACAACAGCAGCAGCAAUUACAGCAACAACAGCAAGAAGAAGAAGAAGACGAGGACGCCACAGACUAUGACGAAGAUCCUCCAUCGUCGCCCCUGAAAGACGAAUCGGCGCAACCAGGAGGAUCCGCCACGGAAACAAACGAGGAGAAAAAGAAACUCAGGCACCCGAAAUGUGCAAGAUGUAAGAAUCACAAUAAAAUAUGCAGUGUGAAGGGCCACAAGCGAUAUUGCAAGUACAGAAAUUGCCGAUGUAUAAGAUGCAUUUUGAUUGUUGAGAGACAGCAGGUGAUGGCCGCCCAGGUAGCCCUCCGACGGGCCAUGAUUCAGGAUGAGUUAAAAGGACAGAAAGGGGCCUACCCUAUGUUAAAGACAGAAGGCGAACAGACUGUGACGAUCCUGAAGUCUUCGCUCAAACAGUCUGCGUUCCAUUCUCCCAAAGGUGCAAGUAUUAAGGGAGCAGAUCGGGUCCGCCUCCAGGAAGCUUUCCACAAAAUUAUCUCCCACUUUCCCCAUCCACAUGCCCAUUUUAUCAACGCCGCUUACGUAGCCUUACUAAAAGACAAUGAAUACGAUUAUAAAACUGUGAUCCAAAAGCUUCUAGAAGGGGACAACGAUGCAAGGCAGAUCAAUCUGACUCCCAGGAUCCAGCCGACCAUACCUUCUUCUCCUCCCAGCAGUUUCAUCAGCAGCUCUCCAGCCGCCACUCAAUCAUUCCUCUCGGCCACCCCUUUCCAUCCUAGCCUCAGCUGCUAUUCCCCUUACAAUUACACCAUGCCCUACCACACAGGUGGAUUCUCACUGAGUUCCAGUGCGGCCACGCAUCCGGGGCUCGAAACGUCUGGCCCGGCAGUCUACAGCUCCUUCCACCCAUACUUCCCGACCCCACCGUACUCUUCGUCGUCCUCAGCAGUGAUGCCCUUGCCAACUGAAGGGGCGGCACCCUACAGCACACCGCCCCACCGUGUUGUCGAUGGACACACUAGUGGGGACAGUCGUGGCUCAGCGGAGCUGAAAGACGAGUCCGACAAGGAAGGAGGCAAUGGCAGGGCUGAAACGUCCACCCCCGGCUCCCUGGUGGUGUCCCCCGUCAAUGCCAUCGUAGCGGCACACAGACGAUCCAGGAGUAGCAGGCCCUACCAAAUUUACAGCCUACCUUUCGCGGACAGAAGAGAAACGGCGGCUAACGCGUAGUCAAGCAGCAAAGCCUUUUUCGAAAUGAGCAAAGGCAAAAGCAGCAGUCCCUUUGAUCUGCUGAACUUGGACCUCAGUCAACAGAAAUGGGCCUUGGACGUGUGUCUUUGUAUUAUCUGCAUCUGUAACUGCACGAGAGUCUGCGUCAUUAAAGAAAAGAUCUUCAAAAUAAGGACUGGAGUGAAAAAAAUUAAAGACUAUUUAAUAAAAGAAAUAAAAGUGGCAUUCGUGCUCUUAACUGGACGCCCCUGAUUACGUCUGUGAUUUGAAUUCUGGUGAUAGACUGAUUGACAAUAUUAUGCUACAAUAUUAUUGAUAAGAUGCCUGGCCAGCAUUUAUAAUCCCAAUGCAAUUACGAAUGCAAUACUGUUUAGUAAUAAUGCUACCUAUAUACUGUUCUUAGUUUCUCUAUGCAAACCAAAUCCACAAGACGGAAUAAUCGUGUCAGAAUAGUAAACGCAUCGUGAUGUUGUUGUUUUUUUCGUUGUUGUAUGAUAUUAUUUAACUUGUGCUUACCAUUUUUUUCUUUUAAAAGACCUUGAGUUAUUAUAAAAAACGAAGAGACCGUGUUUUUUGUGUUCAAAACAAACCUAAAAUAGUUCCAAAUAAUUUAAUAGAUAUGAAAUCUUCAAAUAAAAAAUUUUUUUUUACGGGUAAUGUAUUUGAAUAUAAAUAAAAAAAUUGCUUUAGGAUUUUAUAAAAUUUACUCCAUAAAUUAAGAUAUUAGUAAUUCUUCCAUGCAAUAGUUAUUUUCUGACAAAACAUUAACUAAUUAAAUUCAGGAUUGUUAAACGUGUUUCAAAUAAAAUGCGCUGAAAUCUCGAUCGUCUUAACUAGUUUGGAUAAAAAAAGUCACGGUUAUAAAUUAUUGGAUUAGGCAAAAUAUUCUCUUAAAAUCUGGAAAUUGAACCAUUUUAAAAUAAUUGUGAAUGCCUCUGGAGAUAUACAACCUUCUUCUUUUAUAGCUCAGUAAAAGAGAAAAUUGGAAUAUUUCAUAAGUUUAAGUUUUGAUAUAAGUAAAUUGUAUUUUGAUCUUGUUUUAUUAAGAAACUAUUAAAACGAAUCGUUUUUCUAUUUCUUGUAAUUAUUCCACAUUUUCGUUUGGAUUAAUAAAAUUAUAAGAUUUGUUUUAAUGCUAAGGUUCAAAUGACUCGUAUGUGAAAACAUUGAAAAUGAUCGAAGACAUUAUCGUCUUCUUCUACAUUACUUAUCUCUAAUUCUUAAAUUUAUAGCAGAGCGCAAUGGUUUUACGAAAACAUUUAUAAAGAAAGUGAAAAGCUUCUCCAUAGAUUUUUUUAUAUUAUAGACGUUUAGAAAAGCUAUAUUUAGAACAAUUAAUCAUUAUCUGUGAAAUAUUUUUACAUUAGAUUGAAGUUUCAGCAAUAAUUUUAUAAUUCAAAUCAGUUUUAAAUUUUCAGUUCAAACAGAGUUUUUCAGCGAAAAAUUUCCGAUUUCAGUAUUUUAAAUAAUAGCAGAUUUUAAACAAUAACGAAUUCAUAUGACUAUAUUGAUUUGAUGGUAAAAUUUUAUUAUUUUUAAAUUUAUUUAGGCUUGGACACAAAAGUCAUGUAUUUUCUGGUCAUAAAUGGAGAUUUUUCUUUUAUGCGUUUUCACCACCUAUACUAUAAAUAAAUUAUUUGUUUGUAUAGUCAGAUAUUCAAAUACAAGCAAAUAUUCUGGCUAAAAAUGAUUUUGUUUAAAAAACUCCUGAUGAGGAUUACAGAUGAGUUUUAUAAGUUUCACUGGGAUUACAUGAACCCAUAAUAAGUAAAGAAAUCCUCUCUAGACAAACGAAUUAAUUAUUAUAAUUUUAUAUUCUGCGAUAAAUGACUUCUGCGAUUCUUUACCUUAUUCAUUUAAGAAUUGCCAGCUCAAAACAAUAUUCUUUAUCUUAUUCUGAAAUAUAAACUUUAUAAACAGUUUUAUUAUGUCAUUAUUAAGUCAUCGAAUCUCCAUUUGAAGCGGUGAAAAUCAAAGAUUUCGUCCAGAUCACCGUACCAAAUGAACAAAAAUUAUUUCGUUCCAAAAUAGUACAAAGCCAUUAUAUAAUUUAGUUACCAAAAAUUUUUAUAUUGUAUAUUAUUUGAAAGUUGUAAACGGCCUAUAAAGACCUGUUAAAGUAUAGCUAGCUUUAGUUUCAAACCAAAAGGUCCAUAAAAAUUAACCAACAUUAUUUAAAAUUAAUUUCACUGGGAUUACAGUAAAGAAAUCCUCUCUAGACGAACGAAUUAAUUAUUAUAAUUUUAUAUUCUGCGAUUCUUUACCUUAUUCAACUUAUAUCUUGUUCAAUUCCUGAGAAAUAUUUAAGAAAAAUUAAUAAUUUUUAUUUAGUCAAAAUUCACGCAAAAAUUAUUAAAAGGCCUUUUGCUAAAUUUCUUGAGUAUUAUUUGCUGUGCUGAUUUGUGUGCCAUUUGCAGAUGAAUGGAGCUGCAAAUGUUUAUGAUAUAUGUUUCUGACAGAAGCAAACAUUUUAUUUUUCCUUUCGUUGUAAAAUCAUCUGUUUGUUUAAUUAAAAAAACAUAUGGAGAAAAUGAUGACAUAAAGCUAUUUAACGAUUUCUUGAUAUAAAAAUUGUAUCAACAAUUUUUCAAACAGAACAGUAAAUAUAUCUCUGUGGUAUGUAUAAAAUUAAUUCAUUUUUAGGCUAUUAUCUGAUUGGAUGCGUUUCAUUAAAACGAAGAUAAUCAAGAUUUUUCUGUGAAUAUAUUUAUAAAUUUUUGCACCUGUUUUUGUAAUUAAAAAUGAUCUUUACAUAUGAAUUAUUUACGAUUCUAUCAUGAAAACAUGGUUUUGCUUUUGAAAUCACUUUUCGGUAAUAGAAGUAUAUAUAAGUGCAUUUCGCAUAAGUAAUAAAAUUAAACUAGAUACCUUGACAAUAGUACAAAACUAGUCUUGCAGGUAAAGCUACUGCAUGAGUUGUGCCUGAAAUUAAAUUGAAAUUUAACUGAUGCUUAAGAGGAGUGAGUUUUAAUAUGCGAAAAUGUUAACUAAAUUAAAUUAAUUGAGAACUAAGCGAAGGACCCUAAAAUGAUAUAUUUAAUUGAUCAGAUAUAACUGUAAGCACAGUAAAUACUAUACGUUCUGGAAGAAUAUAAGAGAAAAGAAAUAAUAUUAUUUAAAACAACUGCAUUAUCAAUUUUUAUCCAAUUCUUAAUAUUAACGAACAAUUUUAUACAACUAGUACUCAUGUACAAUAUGUAAAAUGGAGAACAUGCAACUAGUAUUCAAUUACCAAAUUUCUGUAAAAUAAUCAAUCCCUAGCCCAUGAUUCCCCGAAAUAGUCAACAUUCCAUUCGUUGUUAUGAUACCAGUUAUUGCUUAUUUAUCAAAACGAACGGAAUGUCAGUGCUCAUGUGACUGUAGCUCAUUUCAAAAGCCAGUAUAAUUUAUGUAAAAUCAUGUUUUCAUGGCAACUAUUGUGCAUUACUAUGUCAAACCGUAUUUGUGUGUGUGUGUGUGUAAAAUAGGAUAAUGGCAGAAUUCCAUUCUGAGCCAUUGAAAAUUACGAUAUUUUGUAUAGUUUUUCUUAGUCGAUAGUCGUUGUUCAUAUUGUCAGUGUCGAACAUAUAUUUGUGGCCAUUUGUUUUUUUAUAUGUUUGCUGAGCUCUAUGUUAUCUGUAUAAAAGAAAAAAAUUGCAGCAGUUUCGAAAAGUCUCAGCCAAUAAAAAAAGCUACGUACUUCCAA